ACAAGAAUGGAUAUAUGUAAAUUAUAGUACCCCUCUCUCACACACACAAAACACACACACACCGCCGCUUUGCCGUGAGUGUACAGAAAUAAUCUUUUUCCAGUACAAGAGUAGUACUAGUUUUUUAGCACGAGGCAUAAAAUGGGUGAAAACGGUUUUGGUUUCAAGGAGGAGAGGAAGCAAGAGUUUGUGAGUGUGAAAGAAGAGGUGCUUAUGUAUUCCGACGACGAGGAGGCGAAGCCGAUGGAGGGGCUGAGAGAAAUUGGGCCGCCGGCGUUCUUGAAGAAGACGUAUGAGAUGGUUGACGACGCUCGCACCGACUCCAUCAUUUCAUGGAGCCUCACCAGAGACAGCUUCAUCGUGUGGGAUCCUCACAAAUUCUCCGCCGAUUUGCUCCCCAAACAUUUCAAGCACAACAAUUUCUCCAGCUUCGUUCGCCAGCUCAACACUUAUCGCUUCAGAAAGAUUGAUCCGGACAGGUGGGAGUUUCGGUGCGAAGGGUUCGAGCAGGGGAAGAGGCAUUUGUUGAAGCAUAUGACAAGGAGGAAGAAUAAGUCCAUGGCGAUUCGACAAAAGGAAGCUCGUGAGUCCACCGAUAUUCAUGGAGUUGAAUCGGCGGAUGCGGAGCUCGAAAAGCUGAGCAGCGACUACGCUGGAUUCAGAGCGGAAAUCGCGAAGCUCAAGCACCAGAACGAGAGCUCGAUGCAGGAUCUAGCCGCGGUGAGGGAGCGUCUGCUUGUGACCGAGACGAAGCAGAAGCACAUGGUGGUUUUCAUGAUCAAGUCCUUGAGGAAUCCGAUGUCUUUGCAGUGCUUGAUUGAGAGAGUGAGGAUGAUGAACAAGAGGAGGAGAGUGGAGCAUCGUUGCAUAGAUGUUGAGGAGCUUGUUGGUGGUGAGGCUGAGAGGAGUCUUGAUCAGGUUUAUCAGGAGAUGAUGAUCGGAGCAGAGGCCUUCUCGUCGGAUGAGUCUGGGACCAGCACCACUACCGCGUCUGAGAAUGAGUUCUUGUGGGAGAAAUUGAUGGAGGAUGAUGUGAUGUAUGAGGAUGAGGGAGACAACGCAGGGACUUGGAAGCAUUCGGAUAUAGUUUCGGAGUUGGAGGGCCUCAUUGCAGAGCCUCCGGCCAAUGGAAUGGUUGGUUCUUGCGAAUCUGCUUGAUGCACAGCUAUGAUAGGUAUAAUCUUGGCAAUGGUUGAGCUCAACUUUGCAAUGUUUGGUAGGCUUUGGAUGCUCAUCUUUAUUGUAGAUACACAAACAUAUGUUGCUUUGCUUUUCCAUAAGUGCAGUGACUGUUGAUCUUUUCUUGAA